AUGAAAAAAUUCUUUAUUCAAUCACAACUACUACGAUAUAUUAAUCCAUUAUAUCAACCGACAAUCCUUCCUGAUUACCCACAGCCUCACAUAGAGUGUACCGGUAUAAAUAAUCAUGUGAUCGCUAUUUCGAAAAAUAACGUUACUAGAAAAAUUGAGGAAAACAAGCCGUGUAUUGAAAAACCAUUUAGAGAAGAAUAUGUAAAGAGUAUCAAUAUCAACUACAAUGAAAUCUAUGUAUUAGAACAUAUGACGAAUGGAAGCACAUGUCAAAUUAAAAAAGCAAUGUGGAACAACGGAAUUAAAAAUAUAAUUGUUGUUUUAAAACUUAUGGAAGAAAAAUCGGGUGAACCUGAAUACACGGAAGUUAUUAGAGAACUCAAAGUUUAUUCUUCGAUAAAUUCAAAAAGCAUUCACGAAAAUAUUAUCAGAUUCUAUGGAUUAAGAAAAGAGGAAAAAUGUUGUGAUUAUUAUCCUCAUAAUUCAUCUACUUUCGAAAACAUGUUAGACAACUCAGAUUUAAAUAUAAACGAACAAAUCGUCGAUUUACAAUUGGUAGAACUUCUUCAAGGAAUAGAAAAACGAUGUACCAAUCAAUCUGCCAGUGAAAUAAUGAAAUCAGUUAAGCAAAAUGCUCCUACCUUAUUUGCUAAAUUAACAGACUCAGAUAGUUCCAUUGCUCGUAAAAACAUGUUUGUGUCCCCUAAACUCAAUCUUUUAUGUUUUCUUUUUCUUAUUUCCUUUGGUAUUUACAUAACUAUCGACCCAAUGACAUGA